GGAAGUGCAAUGUAGAAGUCCUUGGAGUCGAUAUAUUCCGGACAAAACGGAUUUCCAGGCGGAAGUGCAAUGUAGAAGUCCUUGGAGGAGUAACCCAAGAAGGCGAGAAAGUACACGAAGAAGGCGAGCAGUGCUCCAAACUAUCAGGCAAACUUCCGCUGGAAAUCCGGUCGAUCAGUGAGAUCAGCUACGCGCUACCCAUCGUAGGGUGUGUCUUCCCAUGGUCUUAAUGCAUCUAGAAUUGCAUUCUCCCAGUCCAGUUGCACAUUGAGAUUUGCACAACGCAGAGUACUUCUUCACAUCUGAAAUAUCUGCGAUUCCAUGCUUUCCAUGAUAUCCUUCGUACUAGUUCAAUUCUGAUGAGAGGACCAAGGCGCACUCGUGAAUAAUUGUAUAAUCAGCUGAACUGCUGUAGAGUCAGAGAGAGAAGGAGAAUAGUGCUUUGGGGUGACGAUCGAGGCACUGGGACGAGGGCGAACACCCGUGAUGAAACUGUGAAUGGUUGCGUCGUUGCACCGUAUCUUGAAGCCAAAACAAAAUUCAGCAUUGGGCUUACCGUUGUGCCAAAUCGACUGCCGGCCUGCAAGGCAAGGUUCAUCUGCCGAAGUCGACUGUGAGAGAUGUGUCGAGUGUGCAAGAUGUGUGGACCGUGCAAGAUGUGUGGAGUGUGCAAGAUGAAAAUUGAUUUUGAAGAUGUGUUGCUUCACCUGGUUGACCUGCUUAAAGAGUUGUAUACUGAAGCCAUGAUAGGCAAAGCACGGUUUGAAGAAACUGUGUCCACUGCUCGGCCGCCAUCCGAUUUUCCGAAUUUGCUGCGCGAUGUUGACAAUCGGCUGGGCGAUGUUGACACGCUGAUGAAGAAGACGUCUUACCAUUUUCAAAUGAGAAUUACGUACGAGUACCUGCGCAUGAGUGAGGAGGAGCUGCUCGAGGGUAAGAAGCUGUACCUGCGCAUGAGUGAGGAGGAGCUGCUCGAGGGUAAGAAGCUGCUGCUCGAGGGUAAGAAGCUGCUGCUCGAUGUUAAGAAGCUGCUGCUGGUCGGAUUUUGCACUCUUCCGUCGCUGUCCGAUUCCGAUUGCACUCUUCCGUCGCUGUCCUAUCUUGAGAAGCGGAUGUCCGAUGUGAAGAAGCAGGUGUCCGAUGCUCUAGACCUGCUUGAUGGUACAGAUUAUAUCAUAGCCAUAGCCAGGAUACAAGAAACUUUUCUUAGGGUGUACACUGCUUGGCCGAAAGAAAUUGAAGAAUUGAAGAAUAUUUUUUUCCAUGGAUUACCGUUCGAUUUCGAUUUCGAUCGAAAUCGAAAUCUGCCGAAGUCGACUGUGAGAGGAGCCGGCCACGGCGGGAAGAUGUCGACUGUGAUCAAUUGGGAUCGAAUUUUGGGAAAGUACGAGGAGAGAACUAUUGUUCUCAAUUGGGAAGAUGAGUCCACUUUUUUCUCGCCGCUCUCCGUGUACUUUUUGAAGAUGGAGCUGUCCGGUUUGAAGAAGGAGCUGUCCGAUUUGAAGGAUAUGUCCAUAUUCAAGGAUGAGCAGCUGUUCGAUGCUACAGACGUGCUUGACCUGCUUGACCAGCUUAAAGCGUUGUAUAUUGGAGUCACGAAUUGCAGAGCACGGUUUGAAGAAACUGUGUCCACUGCUCGGCCGCCAUCCGAUUUUCCGAAUUUGCUGCGCGAUGUUGACAAUCGGCUGGGCGAUGUUGACACGCUGAUGAAGAAGACGUCUUACCAUUUUGAAAUGGGAAUUACGUAUUUACUAAAGUCUCUAUCCUUUGCACGCUUUUGGUACUCCUCCCAGUACCUGCGCAUGAGUGAGGAGGAGCUGCUCGAGGGUAAGAAGCUGCUGCUCGAUGUUAAGAAGCUGCUGCUGGUCGGAUUUUGCACUCUUCCGUCGCUGUCCGAUUCCGAUUGCACUCUUCCGUCGCUGUCCUAUCUUGAGAAGCGGAUGUCCGAUGUGAAGAAGCAGGUGUCUGAUUUGAAGGAUAAGCAGCUGUCCGAUGCUCUAGACCUGCUUGAUGGUACAGAUUAUAUCAUAGCCAUAGCCAUGAUACGUGAAACUUUUCUUUGGGUGUACACUGCUUGGCCGCGGUCCGGUCUCCUGAUGGGGAUUACAAGACCUGAAGAACGAAUAAAUUUCGGUCAUGAAACCAGAUUGUUUUUCAGUCUAGAUUUUACGUCGCUGUUCUAUCUUGUGAAGCGGAUGUCCGAUUUGAAGAAGCAGGCGUCCGAUUUGAACCAUAAGCAGCUGUUAGAUGCUCUAGACCUGCUUGAUGAGACAGUUUCUAUGCAUAUCAUAGCCAUAAUAAGCAGAGAAACUCGUGUUUUUGGAGAACCUGGCUUGUUUGGAGAAACUGUGUACACUGCUCGGCCGCCGUCCGACCUUCUGAAGCGGCUGUUCGAUUUGUGUGUGCGGCAUGAUGAAGCAGUGUCGGAUACUGAUUUGGUAAAAGAAACUGGUUUUGAAGGAAUUAUUUUUUUCCAUGGAUUACCGUUCGAUUUCGAUUUCGAUUUCGAUCGAAAUCUGCCGAAGUCGACUGUGAGAGGAGCCGGCCACGGCGGGAAGAUGAUGUGCAGAAAAACUCGGCCUCGUCCGUUAUCGGCCUCAAAAACUCGGCGCCCGUCCGACGCAGUGUUGGAUUCUGAUAGAAACUGUUCUCCUAAACAGUUUCUGUUAAAAGAAAGUGAUCGGGCCAAUCAAUUUCUUCAAACCAAUGUGGAUCGUGGACUCGAAAUAAUUUCCGAUCAUGGAAUCGAAAGAUCGUUUUCCAAUCUACAUGAAAUCGUCAUCGGAAACGAUGCGCCAAAUCGAUUGCCGGCCUGCAAGGCAAGGUUCAAUCGAAAUCCGCCUAAGUCGACUGUGAGAGGAGCCGGCCACGGCGGGAAGAUGAUGUCAGAAGCAGCUAUGUACUAUCCUCCGAUGUCGUCCGAUUUUGAGAAGCUGUCCAGUCCGCUGUUAUUUGAAAGGCCUCCUUGUCCGAAGUGGAUAAGAAACACGGCUCUGGAGCGUCUGAACUGUCCGAAGUGGGUUUUGGCGAUAAGAAACACGGCUCUGGAGCGUCUGAACUGUCCGAAGUGGGUUUUGGCGAUAAGAAACACGGCUCUGGAGCGUCUGAACGGUCCGAAGCGGGUUUUGGCGAUAAGAAACACGGCUCUGGAGCGUCUGAACUGUCCGAAGUGGGUUUUGGCGAUAAGAAACACGGCUCUGGAGCGUCUGAACGGUCCGAAGUGGGUUUUGUGGAUAAGAAACACGGCUCUGGAGCGUCUGAACGGUCCGAAGCGGGUUUUGGCGAUAAGAAACACGGGUCUGGAGCGUCUGAACGGUCCGAAGCGGGUUUUGGCGAUAAGAAACACGGCUCUGGAGCGUCUGAACUGUCCGAAGUGGGUUUUGGCGAUAAGAAACACGGCUCUGGAGCGUCUGAACUGUCCGAAGUGGCUUUUGGCGAUAAGAAACACGGCUCUGGAGCGUCUGAACUGUCCGAAGUGGUUAUUGUCUGCGGCAUCCAUAUCAGCCUCAUAUCUACUUGUACAGCCUACUUGGUUAUUGAGAUUCGUACAGUGGUGUUAUCCAUCGGUUUUUUUUCUCAAAUCAACUACAGAGCCGUUCGUUGCCUUGACAAUCGAUGAUGCACCUCACGUAAAUAUAACGCCCGAGAUCUUGAAUAUACUUAAAGACCAUGGCUGCAAGGCCACCUUCUUUGCUAUUGGAGAAAACUUGGACAAUGAUGCGCCGGAUCGGCCGCUGUUUACACGCAUGUGUAAAGAAGGCCAUGAGGUUGCAAACCAUACGAUGCGCGACUUUCCCAGUUGGCGACUCUCGCGUGAAGAGCUUCGUAAAGAAUUGAGUGAAACGGAUCGUCGAAUAAGGCCGAUCGGGAAAGACCCUACAGUACAAGAUCUGAAAUGGUUCCGUCCCGGUCAUGGCUUCUUUAACGAGGGCAUGAUAGCCGAGGCCGAGGCUCAAGGCUACAGGGUAGCUUUAGGUUCUAUCUACCCAUGGGAUACUCUGUUUACAGCACAAGGAUCGCUACUUUCCCAGUCGAUUUUACGUCGGAUACAUCCCGGAGCAGUAAUUGUUCUCCACGAUCGAGAACCUCAAAAAGAGCAAACCCUCCAGAUACUGAAGACAAUUCUGCCAGAGUUGAAGGCAAAAGGCUACCAUGUGGUGACUCUCUCACAUCUCCACUCUCUCACAUCUCCACCUGUCACCAUCUCAUCAAGUAGUGAGUCUGAUAUAGUAAUGAAGACAGGUACUCAAAGGUGGUCCUGGUGUCAACGAGUGAGUAUGAACGUUGUAAUGGAUACAGUAAAAGAGACAUUUACUCGAUGGUGGUCCCGGUUUCAACAAGUGAGUAUGACCGUUGUAAUGGGUAAUGGAGACAGUAAAAGAGACAUUUACUCAAAGGUGGUUUGAGUUUGACCCUGGUGAACUCAGUUAACUCAGUUAACUCACUCAAACUCACAGGGUGAGUUUGACCCUGGUGAAACUCACAGGUACUCAAAGGUGGUCCAGGUGUCAACUAGUGAGUCUGACCCUUGUGAAACGCACAGGUACUCACAGGUUAUCCCGGUGUCAAAAUAAUCUUGCGCCCUCAAUGAGCUGUCCUCAUGUAUGCUACUCAAAUUCAUCAACCUUCUCUUUUAUAAGUCUUUAUUGAUGUAUUACAGUAUUUAUCACAAAAAAUAAUAGAAAUAAAAAUAUUAUUAAUUUAAAUAACACAGUUUUCAUAUAUAAGAAAAUAUGUUGACAUUUUUUUUAAUUUUUUUUUAAUGUAUUUAAAUUUAUAAAUUCUAUUUUGUUUCAUACUAAUAUCUAUCCUUUGCAUAUAUUAAACAAGUAUUGUAAAAAUUAAUCUGUCGUACAUGUAACAUAUGAAUGUUGCUCCUCAACGAGUAGCAACAUGAAAACAUCUCGUUGAGGGCUUUGACGAUGUAGACGCGUUUGGCAUAUAUACGAUAUAGACACGAUGACAUAGAUCUCUCCUAGAGUCUGCAGUAUUGUCAGUAUGCACUAUGUAGAAACUAAUAUAGAAUAGCAGUUAAUUUACCAACUCGAUGGGCAAUUAAUGUAAACAUUUACAUACACAACAUAUUAAUUUAUUGUGUAUGUACUUAAUGUGUUGCUCAGGAGUAUCUGAAUUUAAUCACAGGUCAUUUUCUGGUUUACAAACUGAGCGUGACAUUGCACAUGCCACCGAGGUUUAUUUCAUAUCAUUUCACUAGUUAAUUAUCGAUUUACUUUUAGUCAAUUUCCUAUGAAGUAAUUGGAAAUAAAAUAUGUUUAUAGUACUUAUGUACGCAAACUCCACGUUUGCAAAAUGUCAAAAUAUGUCCUGAUAUUAAAUGGAAGGAUGCAAAAGCAUAUUUCAAGAUU